UUGAAUCAAUGAAUCGUACGGUCAGUAAGUCCUCCUCCGCCCUCGCAUCACCGUCCACCUCACACUCAAUUCGCGCCCCACCAUCGUCGUCGUCCGAAACGUUUCAGAAACCGAAACCAAACGCCAUAUUCUUGUUUUUCCUUCCCUCCUUUCAAAUCAGACCAAGAAACAAGAAACAGUAGCUGCAUCGUCAUCACUAUGUUGGCUAAACUCUUCAAAAGACCCUCACAAAAACAACAUCAUCCUCAGGCAAGGGUGUCACAAGCUGAUUUGGAUCCAAGAAUUGUUUUUCACUAUGGGAUUCCAUCUACUGCAUCGAUUCUCGCACUUGAUCGCACGCAGAGCUUGCUGGCAAUUGGAACCCUGGAUGGCAGGAUAAAAGUGAUCGGUGGCGAUAAUAUUGAAGGGCUUCUGAUAUCUCCUGAGCCAUUGGCCUUUAAAUACUUGGAGUUCUUAGAAAAUCAAGGUUUUUUAGCUAGUGUCUCAAGUGAAAAUGAAAUUCAGGUUUGGGAUUUGGAACAGAAGCAAAUAGCCGGUUCUUUACAGUGGGAAUGCAAUAUAACUGCCUUCUCUGUUAUUUAUGGCACCAAUUACAUGUAUAUUGGAAGCGAAUAUGCAAUGGUGUCUAUGGUGAAGUAUGAUGCUGAAGAUCGAAAAAUCAAUUUACUGCCAUAUUAUAUUACUGCAAACUUCAUAGCUGAAGCAGCUGGAAUGUCAUUGCCUGAUAAUCUUUCUGUUGUUGGAGUUCUCCAUCAACCUAGUUCUCAGGGAAACAGACUGCUGAUUGCAUAUGAGAAUGGUCUGAUUGUUCUCUGGGAUGCUUUAGAAGAUCAAGUUGUGCUUGUAAGAGGUUCCAAGGACCUGCAAGUGAAGGAAGAAACAGUCCAUAAUUCUUUUGAAGGCACAAGAACUGAGCUGACUGAUGCUACAUCAGACAGCAAACAGGUGGAGAAAGAGAUAAGCUCUCUUUGUUGGGUAUGCGAUGAUGGGUCAAGUCUUGCUGUUGGCUAUGUAGAUGGUGAUAUAAUGUUUUGGGAUAUAUCAACUGCUGAGUCUACCCAGGAUCAUAGAUCUAAAAAGUUAGCUAACAAUGUUGCGAAGCUAGAGUUAUCAUCAGAUGACAAGAGAUUCCCUGUCAUAGUUUUACACUGGUCUGCAAAUAGGUUAAGUCAUCAUCCUAGGGGCCAACUCUUUGUUUAUGGAGGUGAAGGAAUUGGGUCUGAAGAAGUUCUCACGGUUCUGAGCGUGGAUUGGUCUUCAGGAAUAGAAAGUCUGAAAUGCAUAGGUCGUGUGGACCUUACACUUGUUGGUUCAUUUGCAGAUAUGAUUUUACUUCCAGCAGCUGGUGCAAUGGAGAACGGUGAAACAUUGCUAUUCACUUUGACAAAUCAGGGACAACUGCAUGUCUAUGACAAGGCUUGCUGGUCUGCCUUAAUGUCUCACCAAAAGAAAAGGACUGAUGGGACUGCAGUGCAGUCUCCUACGUUUAUACCUACUACUGAACCGUGUAUGACUGUGGCAAAGCUUGCUUUGGUGGAUAGAGAUGGGAAAUACUCCUCAGCUUUGUCCAAGGAAGUUUCAGUUGACAAGUCUAAUGCGAAACACACUUUGAAGAAGGGGGGUGCAAAGUGGCCUUUGACUGGUGGUGUUCCCAGCCAACUUUCUGAUGCUGAAAAUUUUCAUGUCGAGAGACUAUAUGUAGCAGGAUAUCAAGAUGGAUCUGUUCGACUAUGGGAUGCCACCUAUCCAACUCCGUCGCUUAUAUAUGCUAUAGGUCCUGAGGUAAAAGGCAUCAGAUCUACAGGUGCAAAUGGAACAGUCUCAGCAUUGGAAUUUUGUUCUCUUACUUUAAAAUUAGCUAUUGGUGAUGUGUGUGGUCUGGUUCGUCUAUAUAAACUAAUUGGGAGUUCAGAUGAGACAGAAUUGCACUUUGUGACAAAAACAGAGAAGGAAGUUUAUACUUCACAACAAGGUAAUGGGCCUCGGUGCACAGCUGUGUUUUCUAUUCUUGAUUCUCCUAUAUCCAUACUACAAUAUGCAAAUUUUGGAGCAAGACUGACUGUGGGAUAUGAAUGUGGCCGGGUUGCAAUGCUUGAUAUUAGUACAUCGUCAGUUUUGUUUCUUACAGACAGUGUCUCCAACUCAAGUUCCCCAGUCAUCUGUCUGUCUGUGAAAUCAUUUUCAGAUACUAAUAGCAUAUCACAGAGCCCAAAGGGCUCUGAAUCCAAGAAUUCGACUGAUCCUCAAAAUGGAAUGAAUCCAAAGGAUUCUGAAUCCAAAACUUUAAGUGAUUCUGGAAAUGAGUUGGCAAUCCCAAAGGACUCUGAAUCCAAGAAUGUGGCUGACCCUGAACAUGGAAUGAGAGUAAAAGAUGCUGAAUUUAAGACUUUGAGUGAUUCUGGAAAUGGGUUGGCAAUCCCGGAGAACUCUGAAUCCAAGAAUGUGGCUGAUCCUGAACCUGGAAUGAGUGUAAAAGAUCCUGAAUCCCAGACUUUGAGUGAUUCUGGAAAUGAGUUGGCAAUCCCAAAAGACUCUGAAUCCAAGAAUGUGACUGAUCCUGAACAUGAAGAUCCUGAAUCCAAGACUUUGAGUGAUUCUGAAAAUGGGUUGGCGUUCAUUAUGACCAGAAAUGCACAUGUUGUUAUUUUAGAUAGUGCCACUGGCAAUAUGAUCAGGUCUUGGCCCAUGCAUCCAAAAAUGGAUUCUACUGCGAUUUCGAUGUACAUUAUAGAGGAUGGUGAUGUUUUAUUUGAUUUGUCGAGUGCAAAAAAGGAUUCUUUAGACUUACCUCAGAAAGGCGUAGCUAAACAUGAUGACGUACCACCUAAUGCUGACUCUGGAGGGACACAGCUUGUAGUUGACCAGGAUACCUCCACCAAAACUGCAUAUUUUUUGCAGAGAUCGGUGAACAUGUGUGUUUUACUUUGUUGUGACUACACAUUGCACUUAUGUUCAUUGAAGUCUCUGCUUGAGGGUGAUAGUAACUGCAUUCUGAAGGUGAAUCUUGUAAAACCGUGUUGUUGGACUACAAUCUUCAAAAAAGAUGGAAAAGACAGUGGAUUGGUUAUACUAAAUCAGACAGGAGUCUUUGAGAUCAGGUCUUUUCCAAAUCUUGAAGUGGUCAGAGAUAUAUCAUUAAUGACGAUUCUAAGAUGGAACUUCGUGAUCAACAUGGAUAAGACAUUCUGUUCCUCUGAUCGUGGGCAAAUGAUUCUGGUACAUGGGUGUGAAUUAGCUUUUGUAUCUCUUUUGGCCUACGAAGAUGACUUCAGGAUUUCGGAGUCCUUCCCUUGUCUUCAUGAUAAAGUGCUUGCAGCUGCUACAGAUGUCAUUGCUGAUUUAUCUCAAAGACAGAAACAGAGUGCUGCCCAUAGGAUUUUAGGAGGUAUCAUUAAGGGCUUAAAAACUGGUAAAACGGAUCAAAACAUGGACCCGACUGGAAAUCAUGAAAAAUAUUGUGCGAAUUUGGAGAGCUUAUUUUCAAAUCCCCCAUUCUUAAAACCUUCCACAGAUGUGAAGGAUGGCCAAGAACCCGUGGUGCUUAACCUAGAUGAUAUUGUAAUUGAUGGCCCUAUUACUGUCUUGCCUAAAGAUCCAAACAAGAAGAAUGAAAAGAAAGCAGACAAGGGAUCAGAGAAGAAAAAGUUAUUUGAAGGCGCAACUAGUGAUACAAAGCCAAAAAUGAGGACAGCUGCAGAAAUCAAGGCUAAAUAUAGAGAAACUGGGGAUGUCUCUGCAGCAGCUGCACGUGCAAGAGAUAUGCUUGCCGAACGUGGGGAAAAACUUGAGAAACUCAGAGAAAACACAGAAGAACUAUCGAGUGGAGCUCAAGACUUCGCAUCGAUGGCAAAGGAACUCGCCAAGAGAAUGGAGAAUCGUAAAUGGUGGCACAUAUGACAAGUUAGCACCACCUUCUCUAUCAGUUAGUUACUUAGUUUAGUUGAAUCUCACUCUUCUGAGCGAAGAAACCCCCACUGAGCGUGUACUUAUUUUUUUUUACUCAUAUCGCACUAUGCAUAUGAUCCAUGUUUCUUUGUACAUGGGGCAUAACCGAGCGUAGGCAGUGUGUAAAUAAUAGCUUAAUAAAACGUUCUACUCGUUUUCUAUGUUUCUGGUUUGAUCAUUCCGACCAAAACGAGUAAAACGACUCGAGAAAAACUGGAAAAAGGAAAUCUUCUUUUUGGAUUUUUCAUGAAACACGUGCGAUUGAAGUUGAAGUUGAA